ACAGACUAGUGUGGUCUGUGAUUAUUAUUUUCCCGCGCGUUGCAACGCUUUUGUACUUCCUAACCUAAUUCCAAGUGCGUACAUGGAUAGUAGUCUGAUUAAUAAAACAAAUCAAAAAUAUUCCUGUAAACUAGUGUUUGCAUUAUAGGACGACAUGCCAAAACAUAGAAAAAGCCAAGUAUGGGAGUUUUUCACCCGAUGUAAUAAUCAAAACUGUAAGUGUAAUUUAUGCGGAAGAAUUUACAAAACUGGUGGUGGGACCACAAACCUAAAUAAUCACCUUAUUCGAAAACACCCAAAAGUCAAUGCUAUUAAUUUCAAAAAACAUGUCGCAGAUGAAGCCAGAGUGAACAAGAAACCAAGGAUCGACUUUGAUUUGACAAACUCAACGCCUUCAACGUCUCAUAGCAAUGCAGAAGGAGGAGAUGCAGCGAAGGAGAUUGAAAAUGAAGCCCUAGACUCUCAGCAUGAGGACAGUGAUGACAGUUUUGAAGAGAAUUUAAUAGAAGUUCAUAGUAUCGGGAGUGCCAGUACCAUUACUGCAAGCAGUACAAGCAACAUAAACUAUAAUGGUAGUAACAGCUCGCAUCUCUCUCAACCUAGUAUUCACCAGAUUUUUAAUGCACAAAGAUGUUAUGAAUCUGGAGGGUCAAAAGAAGCAAUGUUAACCCAAGCUUUAAUCUUCAUGAUAUGCAAAGACAAUUAUCCAUUGCAAUGUACUGAAAAAGAAGGUCUCAAAAGGCUUUUAAAAGUAGCAGUGCCGUUAUAUCAUGUUCCAAGUAGGAGUACAAUUACAAAAUAUGUUGAACAGAAGUACAACAGCCUGCAAAUAUUUGUUAGCAAAAAAUUGCAACAAGCUCACCAUCUUGCCUUAACAACAGACAUUGCAACAGUGAUCAAUGCGACAAGAAGUUUUAUAGUUUUAACUGACCAUUUUAUCAAUGAAGAAAAUAAUGAAAUGGUUACUAUUGCACUUGGUGUGAGUAAUCUGACACAGCACCAUACAGCAGACAAUAUAAGCAAUGAUUUGCACACUAUGUUGAAUAACUGGAAAAUUUUAAAAGAAAACAUUGUUUCAAUUACGACUGAUAACGGUGCAAAUAUUGUUGCUGCUGUAAAGAAAAUUAUUUGUCCAGAUGUUGUCACCAUAAUUGAAAAAGUAAAGACAAUUGUUGCUUAUUUUAAGCACAGUAAUGUUGCACAAGAUCAGUUAAGAUAUGAACAGAAAAAUGAAGGAAAAAAGGAUGGAACAUAUCUGUAUUUAAUACAAGAGGUUCCCACUAGAUGGAACUCCACGUUUUAUUGCUUACAAAGGUUUAAAUACCUAUCGGGUCAUGUUGGUAAAAUUUUACUGUCGUCUGAACACCAAAAAGCUCCACCAAUGUUGACUGCUAAUGAGCUGGCAAUUAUUGAUGAGUGUUUGAAGUUACUUGGGCCAUUUGAGGAUGCAACUAAAAAUAUAUCAGGCGAAAAAUAUGUCUCAGGAAGCUUGGUGAUACCCAUGACCAACUGUAUUAAAACCUCCUUACAUAGAAUCAACGUCAGUAAUCCCUUUGCUAAAAACUUAAAAAAAGAACUUGAGGCACAAAUAGAAAAAAAACUUGAUCCUUUAGAAACAAAUAUUCUUUUGUCAAUAGCCACAAUUGUAGAUCCCAGAUUUAAGCGUCUUCAUUUUUCAUCAGCAAGAAAUGUUGCCAAUGCCAUUACAAUAAUAAAAAACGAAGUUAAAAAAGAACAUCAGAAUCAAGGAUCGCUCACUCCACCAGUACAUCCAAAUAUUAUAGAUGAUGUAGAUGGAUGCAUUUGGAAUAUCCAUGAUGAGAUAGCCUCAAGGCACUUACCUGAUUCAGAUGGUUGUGAUGGAUUACCCGCAGAGUUAAAAUUAUAUUUGAAUCAACCGAUUCAACCAAGAACUCGACAUCCAAUACAGUAUUGGAAAGAAAAUAAGAAUGCAUUUCCAGGAACGUACAAAGUUGCCAUGAAAUACCUCACUGUCUUGGGAGCUUCAGUUCCAGCAGAACGCCUGGUAUCUACACUUAAUAAUGUUUGUUCUGAUAAAAGAAGUCGUUUGACACCACAGCACAUCAAUGAGUUCGAACCGAACAUCCCUAGAGACGAUCGUCGCUUACUGGAAUGGAAUGACAAAUUACGAGACACCGACACUUGGGAAGAGACCAGUGGCGGCUGGUGCAGGAAGGGCAAACGGGCAAUGCCCCACCAAAAUGAAAGCACAUUUUUAAAUCUGAGAAUUUCGCGCUAUUAA